CCUCUCGCCACCGCCUGUCCAUCCAUCCCUUCAGCGGUCUGCGCGCGUGAGAGUGUGUGAGCGUGUGUGUGUGUGUGUGCUUAAUGAAGCGUCACUCUCUGUCUUUCUUCCUCCCAGCGAACACAAGCAUCACUUGUGGAAAAAACGGCGCUUGACACCGACAAGUUUGUUGUCCAGCACCCCGAUCAGUCUUUUUUUUCCGAAGAUCUUCCCUUUUCCCGUCUGCGCCUCAUCUUCACUUUCUCUUUCUUUUUGAAUACCCGGCUCGAGGAAGCCAGUCUUGGCGAAGCGGCUAACACUGGGCGUAGCUGGGGAGGAUUUUGCUAGCUCGCCGCUGCAGUGACUGACAAAGACCUGUGUCCAGAUCUUGAGCAAUCCAAUUCAAACUGAAGUGAACUGGACAGAUCACUUCUCUAGAAGAGGAGAUGAAACCAGAUGGGGUUAUCACAGCAACACUGGAGCCAAUGGAAACUUUAGAAUCCGAUCCAGUAGGUGACUUAUCACCGGGUACAGGGCAGGAACCCAGCCAGGGAUCCGGUGCAGGGGAGGAGGAACCGGCACAGCGGCCUGAAGAGGCGGUUCCACCCCAGCUAGAAAAGUCCAAGGAAUCUCCAGCCGCUAAGACCGCAAACAAAAUCUCGGCAGACCCCAAAGCCAAGACCACAACCAAGACCAUGCAGAAAACAAAAGCCACCACCUUGACCAAGACCACAUCUGGCUCACGACCCAGCACGGCCUCGAGCCGCCUAUCAAAUGGCUUGUCUAAGCCCCAGAGCAACGGUGUGACCAAAAAGACCACACCUACCUUGGAUAAAAAGAGCACGGCAACCUCUGCAGCCCCAAAGAAACCAACAGCUGCCGUCCCGGCCCCGAGGAGCACGGUGAAAGUAAUUGAAAGAAAAACGGCAUCCCCUGCCACCAAUGGCGCCAAGUCCACAGUAGGAACCACGGCAAUGAAGAAGACAACAUCCGCAGCGGUUAACGGUGUUAGAACCAGCACGGCAACUGCUGCCAAGAAACCUCCAGCUCCUAAACCUGCCUCGACAACUUCAGCAAAGCCCACCACUGCACUGAAGACAGAUAAGCCCCCUAUUUCCAAGACCAGCAGACCCACAACAGCGUCCCGUCCUAGCACAGGCUCAACUCGACCGCCCUCCACCAUUACAACCAAGAGCUCUGCAGCUACUUCCAAACCUGCCACCCCUAAAACUUCCAACGCCGCAUCCAAAUCAGCCUCAUCUACUCCCUCUGCUGUCAAAACUCCAACAUCACAAACAUCUAGAAACAUCACCCUUGCAAAAAAAGAUGUUACCAAAUCAUCCACCCCUGCAGCCAAAAGGUCCGCAGACUCUCCACUCAGCCGACCUUCUGCAACGAUGAAAUCAACAACGCCCAAACUCGCUUCAAAAUCCGACAGUAUAACCAAAAAGGCACCCGUAAGCAAGGUUUCGGACACAAAGACACCAAAUCGUUCCAAAACACAAGAGAAUAAGUCAGCACCUUCCAAGGAUGUCUCAAAGACCCCUGCCUCCAAAACAAUGGCAGCCAAGAAUACUAGCGCCAAGAAAACUGUGGGCAGCAGCACCCCGACACCUGUGAAGCGUGGCCCCAAAGUAGAAGAAGCUGCUGGAAGUGGAAAGGAAAUUGCUGCUGCUGUAGCUGCUGCAGCAGCAAUUGCUAGUGCAGCCAUGGCCAUUGCAGGGUCAGAUGAGCCACAAGUACCCGCUGAAGUGGCCUUGGUGGAAUCUCAUGAAGAUACCGCCGAACAAAUGGCUCCUCAGAUUGCAUCAUCCUUUGACGUACAAGGAAUAACUUCAGUUCUAACUCCAGAGGCUUCACCGGAACAAGUACAUGAACUAACAUCAGAAAUUCAACAAGGAACAAUAUCGGAACCUAUACGAGAACCUACACCAGAACCUACACGAGAACCAUCACCAGAGCUGACUCCACAACCAACACAAUAUGUCAGAGAACCUACACCAGAAUUUAUACGAGAGCCUACACCAGAACCUGUCAGAGAACCUACACCAGAAUUUAUACGAGAGCCUACACCAGAACCUGUCAGAGAACCUACACCAGAAUUUAUACAAGAGCCUACACCAGAACCUGUCAGAGAACCUACACCAGAAUUUAUACGAGAACCUACACCAGAGCCUGUCAGAGAACCAACACCAGAGCCUUUACAGCAACCGACACCAGAAUUCAUUCGAGAACCUACACCAGAGCCGGUCAGAGAACCAACACCAGAACCCCAACGAGAGCAAUCACCAGAACCUCUCAGAGAACCAACACCAGAACCCCAACGAGAGCAAUCACCAGAACCUCUCAGAGAACCAACACCAGAACCCCAACGAGAGCAAUCACCAGAACCUCUCAGAGAAUCGUCCCCCGAAUCUAUGACAGAACUUACACCAGAACAUGUGCAUGACAUCACACCGCAGCCCCUGCGAGAGCACACACCAGAACCCGAGCAUGAUUCAAGUCCAGAACCCUUGCGAGAAACAACACCAGAAGUCCUACGGGAUCUGACACCAGAAACAUUCCAAGAACAAAACCAUGAAAGCCUACAUGAAUCAAAGCCUGAGCUACUGCGAGAAAUGACACCAGAGCCCAAAGAAGAACUGGUUCAUGCAGGUCAAAUGUCUCCCGAGGUUCCUGAUGAAACAUUCUCUCAGCUCACAGAGGAGCCAUACCAAGGCGCUGGAUUAACUCAUGAACCAGCCUACGAUUUUCAACAGCCAGCACCAAAUGACCCUUUCAGAUUCCAACAGUCCGCAAGUGAAUCGGUUCCUUCCCUCGGAACUACCGUCAUGUCUCCUCCCUGUUCCCCACCAGUCCCGGUUUCUCCUGUCAGAGAAUUCCACAAUCCCUCUGCUGCUCUGCUGAACAUGGAUAUCCAACCAGAUCCUUGGAACAGGAACCAGACGUUGGAGCCGUGUGAUAUUGAUCCCCAGCCGUCUCACGGUAUGAUGAACUUCCCGACCGAGGGCUAUAAUGACCAGGAUGAAGAAUGGGAGACGAGGAGAAAUGAAGAGGAAGAUGAGGAAGAGAAUCGGAUGACUUGCACAGACACGUUUGGUAUGAUGGCACAGCCUCAAUGUUUGGGCGCCUCAACCACGGAGGAUUUCAUUUCGGGGGACAUGCCGUCGCCUCGUGAAAAAGAAGUAGCAGUGGAAAAGGCAGAUGAAGAAAUAAAUGAAGAUGAUGAGGAUGAGGAUGAAGAAGAUGAGGAACAGAGGAGAUUAGGCCACCAGCUCUCCUCCAUGAUCACUGAUAUGAGCACAUCGCAGCCCUCUGAGGAGUUCCAAGUCAGACCUUCAGCUUUUGGUGGUUCUAGCGGCUGGCACUGUGACGACUUGGGAAUGGACUCGGAAGACGUUAGCAGCUGCACCAGCAGCCGACAACAGGGCAUUUCGGACCUCAGCAGCACCCAGCACACCGCCAUCUUGGAAGGUACUCAAAGUUCAGACGCCCUGAUUGACUCAAGCCUCCGUGGCUCCGAAGGCGACGGUAACUUCAUGGGCUCUCCCAACGUGGAAACCCUCGCCAAUGAAGAAGAUGACGACGAUGACGAACGUGUGGAUGAAAUGGAUUUAAGUUCGGAGAGAGCAGAGGAACAUCAUAAAGCGUUCCAGCAGGGAGAACGAGAUGAGGACGACGAGGAUGAAGAUAUCGAAAUGCACAGUGACGGAGUAACAGAAAGUUGUGACAAUGCAGAAGAAGAGGACUCCAACGAGGAGGGACAUUUAGACAACCUCAAUCGCGCAGAUCCUCCCGCUACUUCUUGGGGUCAGACCAACCCUUUUGCAGAUACCUGGGCUCAGCCUCAGCCGGCCUCGCGCCCGUCUGUCUCCUCCCCUAGCCCGAUCUCAGAUCACGCUGCAGGAGAGUCCGAAAGCCCGAUGCAGUCCCCUGCCCAAACCGGUUUCUUGGCUUCUCUCUCAGGACAAGACUCUGAGCAGCAGCAGCAGCAGCAGUCAUUCUAUAAAAUGGACACCUCCGUUCCUGAAGAUACUGAGCUUGCUCUGGCAGCUGUAGGCAUACCCGAGUCUCCAGCACAGGCCGCCCACAGCGGCAGCGAGACGAGCACACCAGAAGAACUACGUGACUACGACAGCAGCUCAGGCGUGGAAUCCCGCUCUGAUAAACAACACACUCCGGUUCCUGCUUCACUCCAGCCUGACUUAGAGCAAGAUCUGGGUAUUCACCUGGAGAAAGGCGACGGAGAAGAGGAAGAGGCUGAGACGCUGCCGGCCGAUGAGGUCCCCGGAACAGGACCCCCAACUGCUCCGGCAUCUGCCCCGUCUUCUCCUACAACCUCUGUAGAUGAAGCCAGCGACACAGAGGGCGAGAUGCAGAUCAAUGAACCUGAUGCACCGACGAUGAUGAUGGGUGAAAGCGCUGCGUUCGAAAGUCCUACUCCGACAAGCAAUUUGCCUGCCCUGGAUGAAGAUGGCGAGGCAGGAGAAGCACCGGCAGGUGAAGAGGAUGAAGGUGAGACCACUCCUCAGUCUGCAAAUUCUGUGGCCUCAUACGGCUUUGACUGCACCACGUCCAACUCUAACGCCCACUCCGUGGCAGAGAGCUGCGGAAGGAGCCCAGGCAUCUUCUCCCUAGAAAAUAUGGAGCAGUUGUCCGAGGAGGCCAAGGACCCGUCGCUCAUCAAGGAGCUCACCUUACCAUCUGCCGCCGCUGCUACCGCUCAGGCCGAGGAUCUCCUGGGCCGACCUGUGGACUUGAUGCCGUUGAGUUUUCCGGAAGAUAAACAACCCGGUCUAGAUGAGGGCCACUACAUGUUUGGAGGUGAGAUUAGCGCACAGCACAUGGAAGAGAUGGAUCCAUUGGAGGCAAGUCACCACCUCGGGCCUCUGGAAUCUGCAAAUACAGAUGACAACCAACCGUCCUACUACUCCACCAUAUGUGAUAAGACUGAUUAUCUUGAAGGUAAUGUAUAAGCCCUUCACAAGUAUCCCUGGAAUGCACCUUUUCCCCCGCAACCCUCCCCCCUCUUUACCUAGUGUUUGUCUUCUCUCCUGUUGAGUUAGAUUGUUUAGAAGAACAAAAUGGAGAGCGAGAUAUUAGGAAGUUGUUUUAAAAAAAGAAAAAAAAUUACCAAGAAAAUGUUGUUGACCGUAGGGAUUUUUAAAAUGAAGGCUCCUUCACUGUUACGGCCACGUUUUGAAGUCUACAGCUUAAAUUGAUCCAAUGUAUCAUAACCGAGAGCAUUUUCUAGUAGACACUGCGAAUUCGGUGAAGGGUAUUGACUGAUUGAUCCAACGGGACUGAACUUUUAAACUGAAGGGAAAAAAAAAAAUGGACUGUAUUUAUCCUACUGUUUUUACCAAUCGAUUGUCAAUGUUUUUUUUUUAUUUGGUUUCUGUUUCUUUUUGUCAAUCCCCAUCCUCCCUAUUUUGUGUAUAUACACUCAGCGUUCACCGUAGUGAUACUUAACACGCUCAAUGCGCUUUUAAGAGGUUUUUAUUUGGGGGGGGGGGGGGGGGGGUUGCAAGAUAGGUAUUACACUACAGACGUGUCAAGGUAGGUAAGGAAGUCUUAGAUUGAUUAUGGUGACGUUUUUAACUGUGUCGGGUUAUGUCGUUUGCAUAGAUUGCUAAGGUGUAUAACGAGCAAGUAGCAUACAGUAUUUCAGGCUUUGGGUUUUUAAGUGGCUAGAUUACAACGUCGCGUGGCUGAAAAGACGAAAUAGUCCAGCGUUUGUGAUUCGGCCACGGAUUGCUCAUCAUCUCUCUCUCGCAGCUUUACAUCCAUAGUGGACGUUUGGUUAACUCUUUCAACAAUACUAUAUUGCAUGUUUAACUAGCAAAAAAGACUGUGUACUACCCGAUAACGGAAUUCUGCUCUAGGUAUAUUCAUAAAAUAAUGUUUUACAACUAGGUUCUCUUUCAAAAUUCCAUUAAAACAUCCUUGCAAGGCA